AACACGCCCCCCUGCUCGCGAGGAAACAGCUGGAGAUCCGUGUUUUUGCUCCGGCUCGGAUCCCCGGACCCCCGCAGUAACCCUGGCCGCGCCCGCCGCCCCGCGCGCCCCGCUGCGGGAGGGCAUGGUGCGCUGUAUCGUGCCCGGCUGCAGCAGCUCCUGCGUGUCCGCGCGCUUCCACUGCUUCCCGCUGUACGACCGCGCGCUGUGUCGCAGUUGGCUGCGCGCGGUGCGGAGCCCGCGGUUCGGCGCGGACACGGAGCCGAGGGCGGUGGGCCAGCAGCGGCUGAAGGUCUGCAGCGAGCACUUCACCGCGGCGGAUUACAGCGGCAGCUACCUGAAGCAGGACGCCGUGCCCAGCGUCUUCCCCUGGACCGGGAUCCGGGCGGAGAUGCUCAGCCAGCCGGCGGAGGAGCAGCAGGAGCGGGAGGAGAGGGAGGAGGAGGAAACGUCUGACAAAGAAGAAAGUACAGGCCCGGUCCCUACCUGCUCUCAAAUAAAGGAGGAUCCAGCUCAGCAUGAAGUUAAGAUUCCUGAACCUACAGAAGACAUCAGCUUCUUUAAAAGUAGUGAGGUGCUGGUGAACACCCGCUGUUUGCUGGAGCUCUUUAAGUGCUGCUCGGUCUGUAUGGUGGAGUGCUGCGUCACCGUUGAGGGCACUGCCAAGCUGUUCGCGGUUAUCCAGGACUGCGAGAGCUGUGGGCACCACAGAGAGUGGAGGAGUCACCCCACCCCGACUGAAGAACCUGCGGAGACUUUCAGUACAGAACACACUACACACGAAGACCACGAGAAGCACUUUCCUGAAGAACACAUAGACCACAAAGAGGCCUUAGAUUUGUAUACUGCCUCGUUCCCAUUGGUAGAACUCGCACCAGGGCUUGAGGAGGAGGAGGAUAUCAAGACUGUGUUGGUGGUUCCUCAGCCGACUCGCCAGAGGACUAAAGAGGUGUCGAUGGAUAGAAAACGAACCAUAGUGACCCUGAGGAACGAGAAGAAGUCAAUCAGAGAAAUCGGUAAAAUAUUAGGCGUGUCCAAAUCUACUGUUGCGUACGUCCUGCGGAAGAACGCGAGCACUGGGGACAUAAGUAAUAGGAAACGCACCGGAAGACCGAAAAAGACGACUGACGCUGACGACCAAAUAAUCCUUUCUAUAAUGAUGAAAAAUCCACAAACGCCUAUCCAGCAGAUCCGGGACACUCUCAAGGAGGUAGGCAGGGAAGUGUCGAUGACGACCAUCCGCAGAAAACUGCAAAUGCUCAACCACAAGAUUGAAAGUGCAUUUUUAAAGAAUGUUCAGAUGGCGGAGAAGCUUGCAUCUUCUUCACCAAAUUAGACAUAAUUAGAGUCAUAAUUACGGCUCUGUUAUAUGGUUACAUUGAAGAAAAUCCUUGUGUCUUUUGCCAACAAACGUCUCAACAAAUGUGCAUCAAAUGCACGGGACGAGGUUUUGUCAGACAAAGGACUCAAAUAACUGAAGUAAAAGAAAUGGAAGAUGUUCAUCAACAAGUUACAAAGGAUGAUGAAGCAUCCUGUAUUAGUUUCUAGCUGAUGAAGCUCACAGUAAUUAUUUAAUGUGUUUUAGAGGACAGUAGUUCAUAUGUUUUAAUGUUACGAGGCCUUUUUGGACAUUUUGGAAAUGUUUGGGGAAAGUUACACAUGCUGAAAAUGACAGAAACCCAAUGGAAAAAAGAAAUGAUGGACAGCAAAGAUUAUUUAUUUCACUCCUAAUGAAGUCCUUCAUUAGCCUUUUCGCCUUGUAAGUGAAGCUUGAACUUGACACUACUGAAGUUAGUGUUGCAUUUUGGAUGGUUGCUGGUGUGGAGAAAUAUGAGGUCAUUGGAGGACAAUGACCGGUUCUCUAGUGGUACUGGAGAUUCAUAAGCUAAAUAGGUAUAUAGGUAGUUAUGUACACAUGUACACACACACACACUUUACUUAAGGACACUCAACCUCAAACUGUGGACGUCUUGUGUAUCUUUCCAGCUCACACCCUAAUCAAUAUAAUGGUUGCACAAAAUAAAAGGUUAAAAAGAAACAAAACGUAAAAUAAUGAUCAUACCAGACUGUUUGUAUGACUGUGACCGAGUGCUGCAUGCUCUGUAUGUAUGUGGGAGAGGAUAGAUGCCUGUUAGCAUGUGAAUGUUUUCGAGGUGCUAGAUUUCAGCAGCAUCAAUACCUUUUGUGCCUGUAUUGCCACUGUUUUA